CAGACGGUACCCGACUGCCGCGCCGCACGCACGCGAGUCAACGAGUGUGCCAGCGGCGAGCUCAGGCGAACGAAAGACGACGGAAGACAUUUCCGGGAAAACGAACGAACCGGGUCCACGGAGGAAAGAAUUCCCAGGGCGCUCGCCGGAGCAGGAGGUUAAAGAAGCGGACCGGAUGAAGUGGGAACUGAAAGACAGGCACUCCAAGUCUCCGCGCGCUUACCAGAUCGUAAGCGAGAGGCCGCAGAUCGCGACCCAGCGCCCGAGCGACGGGGUCGUGUCUCCCAUAGCGAAUAACUACUCGACCGCGGACGUGGCAUGCAUAGACCAGAUGCACGCGGGAGGCAAGGGCGGCGGCCACGGACCCCCGCCGCCGUCGUGGCCCAAGCUGAAGAGCCAGAACCAGCAGAAGAGGCCGACCACACUGAAGCUGGACGUGGGGGCGGCGCAGCGGGCGCCGCCGGAGCGACUGCCCAGCCCGCGGCCGCAGACGGCCACCCUGGACCGGCCGCGCAUCCUCGACAUCGCGCUGCUGGGUAAGAUCGACAUGACGCUGACGCGUAAGGCGCUGCUCUCCAUCUCCAGCCUGUGCGCGAGCGCGCCGGCCGACGCGGCCAAGCGGAACGGCGCGUCGCCCGGAGACGGCCGCGGCGGCAAGUCGCGCAGGUUCGCGGGGGUGGCGGCGGCGGCGGGGGUGGCGCGCCGGGGGCGGCAGCAGCCGGCCGCGGGCCGCUCGUCGCACACCGACGACGACGACGGCACCAGCAGCGGCACGGCGCCGCCCACGCCGCGCCGCCAGCCGGCCAAGAAGCAGCAGCUGAAGGUGCCGGCAGCUCGCAGGCGGCCCGCGCCCGCGGGGGAGGCGGAGGAGGCGCGGGCGGGGGCGGGGGCGGUGCCGCAGCCCUGCACCACGUGCGGCCGCCACGAGCAGCCCGAGCGCCUCCACAGCCACCCGCCUGCCAGGCACCAACAGGCGCCGCAGUCGCAGCCGCAGGCCCAGGCGCCGCCGCAGCCGCCCAAGAGCUCUGUGCGGAAGCCGAUGCCCAUAAACUUCCGCAGCUCCGCCUCGACAGCCCAGCAGCAGCAGCAGACCUCCGCCGCCGCCGUCCCCGCGCCUGACAAGUCCCCCGGCCCGCAGCCGUCCGCCUCCACCACCACCGUCACCGUCGCAGCACCAGCAGCCUCCUCUGCGUCCGCCCCCGCGGCAGCCACCGCAGCCGCAAACGCCCCCGCCGCCCCCAGGGCGCCGGGCCGCCCCCGCACAGUGGUGUGCUACCUGUGUGGACGCGAGUUCGGCACCAAGUCGUACCCGCUGCACGAGCCACACUGCCUCCAGAAGUGGCACCGCGAGAACAGCCUGCUGCCGCCGCAGCUGCAGCGCGAGCCGCCCCAGCGGCCCGACCAGCCACCCACCACCCACCAGUGGAACCACCUGGCCUGGGAGGCCGCCCAGGGGAGCCUGGUGCCUUGCGAAAACUGCGGCCGCACCUUCAACCCGGACCGCCUGGAGGUGCACCAGCGCAGCUGCAAGGUCACCCAGCCCAAGAGGGCGCCUGUCCAUCAGCAGCAACCGCCGCAACAACAACACCAGCAGCAGCAGGAGGAGGCGAAGGGGGCGGGGGAGCCGUUGUCGGCGGCGGCGGCCGCCGCCGUGGCGCGCGUGGGCCACGCCUGCCGCUGGUGCGGCCGGCUGUUCGGCAGCGCGUCGCUGCGCAUCCACGAGGCGCAGUGCGCGCAGCGCCAGGACCGCGCCCCCGCCGCCGCCGCCGCCGCCGCCUCCGGCGCCGCGUCGCCCGCCUCCACGUCGCCGGCCUCCGCCUCCGGCGCCGCCUCCCCGGAGCACCGGCCGCGCGGGCCGCGCAUGCUGCUCUGCUACCUGUGCGGGCGCGGCUUCACGCAGGCGUCGCUGCACAUCCACGAGGCGCAGUGCCUCAAGCGCUGGCACCAGGAGAACGACCGCCUGCCGCCGGCGCAGCGCAGGCCCACACCGGAGCGACCCGCCAUCGUCCUCACAGAGAGCGGCGGCCUCGACCUGGAGGCGACGGUGGAGGCGGCGUGGCAGUCGCACCUGCAGCAGCUGGUGCCGUGCCACGGCUGCGGCCGCACCUUCUACCCGGACCGGCUGGAGGUGCACCGGCGCGCCUGCAAGGGGCAGGGCCGUCGCUGAGGACUCGGUGGCGUGCCCAGAAGUGUCUGGCAAACUGGAGACUGUGUCGUCGUGGCCGUCUGUAACCACUAACUCCAGAGUGUUGUGCGUGGUAACCUAGUUCGAUACAAUUACCUGUGUAUACGAUUAACAUUUAAUAACCUGUGUGAGAAAUUGAAAAGGACUUCUUAAAUUUACAAAAAACCUGAAAUAAAAUUUUUACAAAAUUGG